UGUUAAUUUUCCUUCAUUCUCCAUAUCUGAGUAAUUUUGGUCAUUGGGGAUAUAAGGUUAUGAACUCAAGCUAGUGUUUAGGAGAAGAUUAAGUUGCCAAAAAUGAAGUUUAUGAAACUUGGAUCCAAACCAGAUACAUUUCAGUCAGAUGGGAAAAAUGUCAGAUAUGUUGCUUCAGAGUUGGAUUCUGACAUCGUUGUUAGUGUAGGAGACGUUAAGUUUCAUCUGCAUAAGUUUCCUCUUCUAUCCAAGAGUGCUCAUUUGCAAAAGCUGGUUGCAAACUCAAGUGAAGGAGAUGGUGAUGAAGUUCACAUUCAUGACGUUCCGGGAGGACCUACUGCCUUUGAAAUGUGUGUCAAGUUUUGUUACGGUAUGACCGUUACACUGAAUGCUUAUAAUGUCAUAGCAGCAAGGUGCGCUGCAGAGUAUCUUGGAAUGGAUGAGACUGUUGAGAAAGGAAAUCUUAUUUACAAGAUUGAUGUUUUCUUACACUCGACCAUUUUCCGAAGCUGGAAAGAUUCGAUAAUAUUUCUUCAGACCACUAAAUCUAGGUUACAUCUGUGUGAGGAAGUAAAGUUGAUCAGCCACUGUACUGAUGCUAUAGCAUCCAAGACGUCUAUUGAUGUUCGCAAGGUUGAUUGGUCUUAUACCUAUAACCGGACCAAGAUACCAGAGGAAAAUGGAAAUGGUCCUAACUCGAAUGGAAUUAGAAGCCGUGUCGUGCCAAAUGAUUGGUGGGUUGAUGACUUAUGUGAACUUGAAAUAGAUCUUUAUAAACGGGUUAUGGUCAACAUAAAGAACAAAGGGAUUGUUUCCUCUGAAGUGAUUGGAGAAGCUAUUAAAGCUUAUACUUUGAGAAGGUUCCCGGGCUUUAGCAAGGGUGUUUGCCAGUUCAGUGAUGUGUCCAGAUCGCGCUCAAUAUUGGAUACGGUUGUAUGUCUAUUACCUGCUGAAAAAGGUAGUGUCUCUUGUAGUUUCUUGUUGAAAUUGCUAAAAGCAUCCAUUUCUGUAGAUUCUGGAGAAAAAGUAAAGGCAGAGCUAGUAAAAAGAAUAGGGCAGCAACUGGAGGAGGCUUCUGUCAAUGGUCUUUUGAUUCGAGCUACAGACGGGGAAGCAACAAUGUAUGAUGUCCAUGUCUUCCACAAGAUACUAGAGAACUUUGUUGUGCAUAAUAAGGAUUUGAAAACUCAGUUUGAAGAUGGUAAUGAAAUUCCAGGGGUUUUAUCAGAAGCUUCAAAGCUCAUGGUGGCGAAGCUAGUAGAUGGAUACCUUACAGAAAUUGCCAAGGAUCCUAAUCUUCCUUUGUCGACAUUUGUUGGUCUAGCAGAGAUGGUAACAGAUUUCCCUCGCCCUAGUCAUGACAGCCUUUAUCGGGCAAUUGAUAUAUACCUCAAGGAGCACCCUGGGAUCAGCAAGAAUGACAGAAAGAGAAUUUGCUGUCUGAUGGAUUGCAAGAAGCUCUCAGUUGAUGCAUGUACACAUGCCGUGCAAAACGAGAGACUUCCAUCACGUGUUGUCGUACAAGUUCUCUUCUUUGAGCAAGUCAGGGCCAAUGCAUCAUCGGGGAGCAGCACUCCGGAUCUUCCCAAAGCUAUUAGAAACCUCACUAGUGCUUCAUAUGCGAGCUCAAGGUCAGCGACAACAAAUACAGAGAACUCGGAGGUUACAGCCUCUGCAGAAGAACUGAGGGCUUUGAAAGAAGAGCUGGCAGCCUUAAGAUUGGCAAAUGGAGGACUAAAUGGCGAUACCAAACGUCACGUUGACAAGGCUGCCAAUGGUAGAAUGAAAAGUAUACUUUCAUCAAAGAAGAUCUUUACAAAAAUUUGGUCAAGCAAAGGCAGGAAACAAGGGGAAAAUAGUGGCUCAGAUUCAUCUGACAGCUUGGAAGAAGCUAAGUACACACCUUCAAGAAAAGGAAGAUAUUCAGUUUCUUGAUCCUAACUUAGUACCAGAAAA